AUGAUAAAUAUAUAAUCAUACUUUUUGAUUGGACAUGAUUGUUUAUAAAAGAAAGAUCACUAUUUGAAUUUGUCGGGUAUUUAGCAGGAUAGAAACAUGUGGCGACGCCAUUGAUGAUCUGCAGUUGCGGAAACCGAGCCGCAUGGUCAUUGGAUACCGUCUUGACUCACAGUCACACACUGUGUUUUAUCCUCUGAGUAACAAAUAAUUUUCUGGGACCCAACGCCAUUGAAGUUUGAUUCUGCUGCAGACUCUCGCCUCUGUCCCUGUCAUCAGAUUUUGCCAUUUUGGGAGGUGUUUGACAGCUAGAUAAAGGAUGGUUGCAUUCGGCAAAAAAUUGAAACAGUUACAAAUUCAUGAGUGGCAGAGCUUCUACAUUAACUACAAGUUAAUGAAGAAGAAAGUGAAGCAAUAUGCUCAGCAAAUUGAAUUUUCAGAACAGAAUCGCGAGUAUGUCCUCAAGGAUUUCUCGAGAGUUCUUGAUAACCAGAUUGAAAAGACCGUCCUGUUUUUACUUGAACAAGAAGGGCAUCUGGCGAGUAAGCUAUCCGUUCUCGGGGAGCAGCACGAUGCCCUCGUUCAGCACAACGAUGCUGCAAUGAUACCUCAACUGCAGGAAUCGUAUAGAGCUGUGGGGAAGGAGCUUCUGCAGCUCUUGCAUUUCGUGGAACUGAACGCCAUCGGACUUCGCAAGAUCCUGAAGAAGUUUGAUAAGAGGUUCGGUUAUAAGUUCACUAAUCACUAUGUCAAGACGCGCGCAAACCAUCCCUACUCUCAGCUUAAGCAGGUGCUGAAGCACGUGGGCAUUUCAGCUGUCGUUGGUGCCUUAUCUCGGCACCUUGCAGAUCUCCAAGACCACCGGGGGAGGAGCUGCACCUCAAUCUACGAUCAGCCUGCCUUGUCUCCCCCGGAUCCUGUGAUCGAGUCUAUCAAGGCUGCAGUUGAUCGAUUGUCGAAUUCGACAGAUUUCCUUCAGUAUAUAGGGAAACAUGCUCUUAUACCUGAGGAGGAGCUGCCAACCGCUGCAGAUAAUGAUGAUGUGGAUGUUGAUGUUGAUGUUGAUGUUGAUGUUGAUGUUGAUGUUGAUGGAAGAUAUCAUUCGAUGUCUCUUGUUCUUAAUCUGGCGAACACAUUUCUGUACAUGGUGAACACUUACAUAAUCGUUCCGACAGCGGACAGCUACUCGUUGAGCCUCGGAGCUGCAGCGACUGUGUGUGGGGCUGUCAUCGGCUCCAUGGCCGUUGCUCAGGUUUUCUCCUCAGUGUAUUUCAGUGCUUGGUCGAAUAAGUCGUAUAUGAAACCCCUCAUCUUCAGCAGCAUCGUUCUUCUCAUCGGGAACACCUUGUACGCCCUCGCCUACGAUCUCGACUCCAUAUACGUGCUUCUCAUCGGCCGUGUGUUUUGCGGAUUGGGGUCUGCGAGGGCUGUGAAUCGUCGUUACAUCAGCGACUGCGUUCCCGUGAAGCUGCGUCUGAAGGCUUCCGCCGGCUUCGUCAGCGCCAGCGCGCUCGGGAUGGCGUGUGGGCCCGCCCUCGCCGCGUUGCUCCAGACCAACUUUAAGGUCUUCAGCAUCACAUUCAAUGAGGACACUCUGCCCGGAUGGGUCAUGGCUCUGGCAUGGCUACUCUACCUGCUGUGGUUGUCGGUGUCGUUUCGAGAGCCUUCCAACGACGAGAAGCUAAAUCCUCCGUUGCAGCGGACGAGCAACGGGCUGGAAAAUGGGGCUUUCAAAAACGCUCUCUCCCAGCCGCUGCUCACGAGCUCGUUGGAGAAGCAGCGAGACGACCACGACGAUGACGAAGACAACGAUGAUGAUGAUGAUCAAGAAUUCAACAACAAUGAGGAAGCAGGGGAGAAUCAUAAACCUGUGACAUCCAUUGUCUCUGCAUAUAAGUUGCUUACGCCUUCAGUUAAGGUACAGUUGUUCAUAUACUUCAUGCUCAAGUAUGCAAUGGAGGUCUUGCUGGCCGAAUCGAGCGUGAUCACCGCAUACUACUUCGUAUGGUCAUCGGGCAAUGUAGCUAUCUUUCUCGCCUGCCUCGGGCUGACCGUCCUGCCCGUGAACGUUCUCGUUGGGAGCUACCUCAGCAACAUGUUCGAGGAAAGGCAAGUUUUACUAGCAUCGGAGAUCAUGGUGUGCAUCGGCAUCGUCUUCAGCUUCCACGUUAUAAUCCCUUAUUCCGUUCCACAGUACGUCUGUUCGGCUCUGCUCACCUUCGUAGCUGCUGAAGUUCUCGAAGGCGUUAACCUGUCGCUCCUGUCGCGGGUGAUGUCGUCGCGGCUUAAGAGAGGGACGUACAACGGGGGGCUGCUGUCGACGGAGGCUGGAACUCUGGCUCGAGUGGUGGCGGACGGGGCGAUCACGCUGGCCGGCUACGGUGGCAUGAGUAAGCUCUUAAAUGUAACUCUGCUGCCUUCGUUGUUGAUAUGUAUCUGCUCCAUUGUAGCUACUUGUUUCACUUAUAACUCUCUCUACUGAUCGUGUACAUAAAUGUAAAUUUUCCUUGGUCAUGUAAUAAUCAUUUUCUAUUGUUA